UUAAAACUUUCAAAAGCAAAAUUAAGACACAACAAAAUCAAACACAAAUCAUGGAUGUUUGGUCUUGGAUAUGUGAACUUCUUGACUCAGAAAAAUGGAGUAUCGAGAAUGAUGAUUCCUUUCUCAUUUAUAAUCUUGCUACUUCCAUAACCAAUUCCAGUCAGUCAAUUCAAUUCAAAGCUGAGAAAAAACUUGACCCUAAUAACACAGAGACAAAUUCUUCAUUGGUUUUCUCUAUAUGUUUGUUGGGGUUUCAUGACACCUCUCAAGAAGAGGUGACCAUCUGGGUUUCUGACACGUGUCCUCUUUCAUCGGACAAGCCAUUCUUGCCACUUGUUUUACAACUUCUUCAAGAAAUCAUUUCACGUUCACCCACGGCGCAUGAUAGCGUAUGCCCACGUUCCCACGUCCAGAAGCUCCAACCCGACCCGGUUUCAUGGAUCCUCGAUUCCCACUCACCGGAAUCAUUCUCAAGCUUCUUCAAUCUCAUCUUCCUCACGCGACUUUUCUGGAUGUUUGCAUUCGACGCACCGGCGGCGGUGGGGUCUCUUUAUUUCCACUCGCUGCUAGCUCCGAACCUUGAAGCCUUCUCGUGCAAGCACGCGCCUGUCCUGCGAACCUUCUUUAUAACAGUAGGGACUGACGUGGAACUUUGUUUCAUGCGCACGUUUGGGUACAUGUUAGCAAAAUGGUUGAUUUUAAGAGAAGUUGGCGGCGUAGGAUUAAAGUCGUUAACGCCGUUAGCAUCUCAUUACUUAGGAUUUUCAUACGCCACGGAGGCUCACGGGUUAUGGAUGUUAAAAGGAUACGCGCCUGUAAAGGCAAUGAAACCCACGCGCAUGAAUUUUGACAAAUUUCAAUUUCCUGUUAUUGAAUCGAAAGAAAUUGCACUAAAAUAUACACUGGCCCAUCAACAGCUUGAGGCUGUGAUACAGUUUGAGUAUACAGUUGGAUUCUAUGAUGGGUUUAUCCAAGUUAGAGCCCGUUUGGAUAACAUACGUCUUGGUGUGGCAAGAUUGGGCUUUAACAAAAAUGAUGAUGAAGAAGAUUCUUAUUUGCAAGAGAAGCAUUUUCCAUCUAGGAUUCGAGUUUGGGUUGGGCCAGAAAUUGGUGCUAAUUAUGUUGGCGGGUUAAGUUUGGGCCGGUCCACUAACAACGUCGAACGGGAAUUUGAAAUGCAAAGGGUCUUAAAGGGCAAUUUCGGAAACUCAAAACAACCAGAAGUGAAGACAAGGGCAAAGAUGGCAACAAAAUCAAAGAUGAAAAAUUGGAGGUGGGACCAAGAAGCGGAAGGGAAUGCAGCUGUAUACGAAGCGAUAUUAUAUGACCACGUGUCAGGGUGUGAAAUCGCCACGUGGAAGCCGGAUAACGGGGAUGAUAAGAAUAAUCAACUUAUGAACAAUUUUAGAGGAAGAUAUUUUGGAGGGAAUAGGGCAUUUAGUAAGAAGGGUGGUUUGGUAUUUGCUGGGGAGGAAUGUGGUGAAGAAGUAGGAUGGAGAUUGAGCAAAGAAAUGGAAGGAAGUGUGUUGAAAUGGAGAGUAGGGGGUCAAGUAUGGUUAAGUUAUUGGCCAAAUAAUGUAAAAAGUUCAUAUUACGAGACUAGGCUUGUGGAAUGGUGUGAUGAGGUAGAUUUGCCUUUGAUUCCUGGGAAAAUAUUUUAGGAAUUAUAAUAUAUAUAAGUGACUUAUAACUACCUAUUUCAUGUAAUACUAAUAUGUUGU